AUGGGAACUCGAGGUCUUUAUUGUUUCUUGUAUAAAGGAAUAUAUUACAUAAUAUAUAAUAAUUCGGAUUCAUAUCCUGAUGGGUUAGGAGAAACUCUUCUUAGACAACUUCUAGGACUUAGUUUGCAAGAAUUACGUGAAAGAUUGGUACAUAAUAUUAUUGUAUGCAAUGGAAAAUAUCCAGAGCUCACACAAGAAAUUGUAGAUAAUUUUCGAACAUUCAUCAUACAAGAUGAGUCUUAUUUUGAAUCUUGGUUAAAUAAUUCUUCUGCGUAUAUAAAAAAUAAUGAGAUAGGAAAUCUUGAAGCCAUUAUUAGGCGUAGCUCUGGAGCAUUUUACACCUGGCUAUGUAAGACGUAUGAUUCUUUAAGAGAAAAAUGGGACUUCUUGCUAGGGAGAAUUUUUUGCAUGUAUGGACUUCACCUAAAAAAGGCUUUAUCUUUAGGUUAUUUACCCCUUAGACAAUUUCCAAAUGAGGAAGUUCCAACGGUUGAUGGUUGGAUUGAAUGGAUAUAUAUUAUAGAUUUAGAUCAUGAAAAAUUCUUGGUGCAAAAUCAUGAAUAUGAAUGGGAAUUCAACCUUCAAAAAUUAUUGAUGUACGUUGAUUAUUUAGCGAAAGAAAACAAAAGCUCUAAUAAAAAAAUACGAUUUCUCAGAUCACUAUUAGGGGAUUGA